AUGGGUCCCAACGACUCGCACAACCCGACGCCGCCCUCGGUCUCGGACCUUGAGAAGGGCCACCACGACAGUCUCCCGCCACCGCCCCCGCUCCCGGUCUCCUCCAGGGCUGUCAUCCAGACCGCGACUGUCGCAGGAGAGGCUCAGUCAGGAAAGGACGAGAAAAGGGCAGACCUCGCGCUCGCGCAGGCCAAGAAGGACCGCCCGUCACCCAACAAGCCCAAGCGUCGCGCGAGCAGAUGGAUCCGCUUCCAGCUCUGGUUCAACACUUACAGGAAAUUCUUCCUCUUCGUGACGAGUCUGAACCUCACCGGUCUCGUGCUCGCUGCGACAAACACCUGGUCAUAUCCCCGGCGAUACACCGGUGCAUUCGUUCUCGGCAACCUUCUCUUUGCCAUCCUCAUGCGCAACGAGCUUUUUGGCCGUCUUCUUUACCUUAUUGUCAACACGUUGUUUGCGAAGUGGACGCCACUGUGGUUCAGGCUAGGCUGCACUUCCGUCCUUCAACACUUGGGCGGCAUUCACUCGGGCUGCGCGACUUCGGGCUUCGUCUGGCUCAUCUUCCGUGUGACACUCAUCUUCAUCGACCACAAGGACAAUCACGAUGCGGUUCUUAUUAUGGGCGUCAUCACCAACCUCGCCGUCACUAUCAGCAUCCUGAGCGCCUUCCCUUGGGUGCGCAACACGCACCACAACGUUUUUGAACGGCACCAUCGUUUCAUUGGCUGGAUUGCGUGGGUCUUCGUUGUGCUCGGCGACAGCUACGACCUCGACACCCAUUCGUGGAACCCAGAUGGGAUCCGCGUCAUCCGUCAGCAAGACUUUUGGUUUGCGUUUGGCAUGACCAUUUUCAUUCUUAUCCCUUGGUUCACCGUCCGUGAGGUUCACGUUGACGUCGAGGUUCCGUCGCCCAAGGUCGCCAUCCUUCGUUUCGAGCGCGGCAUGCAGCAGGGUCUCCUCGCGCGUGUCUCCCGCUCCUCGAUUAUGGAGUACCAUGCGUUCGGUAUCAUCUCGGAGGGCACGCACGCCAAGUACCACUACCUCAUCUGUGGUGUGCAGGGCGAUUUCACUCGCUCGCUCGUCAACGACCCUCCCACGCACCUCUGGACGCGUCAGCUCAAGUUUGCGGGCGUGUCGAACACGUCGACAUUGUACAAGCGUGGCAUCCGUGUCUGCACCGGCACCGGCCUGGGCGCCGCUCUCUCCACCUGCAUCCAGAGCUCUGACUGGCGCAGAGAAGACUUCGGGCCCACCAUCUCCGGCCUUAUCCACAAGCACAUCGGCCCGGAGCGUAUGUGCCUCUGGGAUUCCAAGGCGCGCGGCGGUCGCCCGGACGUGAUGAAGCUCGUCAAGGACGCGUACCACGAGUGGAACGCGGAGGUCGUCUUCAUCACCUCCAACUUCGCCGGGAACGCUGAGAUCAUGGAGGGCUGCAAGGAGGCCGGGAUCCCUUCCUUUGGCACGCUCUGGGACUUCUGA